AUGGCGACGUCAACGGAUGCAGCAGGCGCUGUACCUGAUCAAGAAAACCGAGUAACUUUACGAGAUCCAAUUCGAGAAAGUGAAGAACGAGCUAAUCAAGCUCGUAUUAAGCGUUUAACGGAAGCAUUCAAUGUAUUUGAUCAAGAAUCAAAUAAUACAAUUCCAUCAACGGAAUUAGGUACUGUUGUACGAUCACUUGGUCUUGUACCAACAGAAGGUGAACUUCAAGAUGUUUUAAGUGAAAUGUCUGACGAUUCAAAUCCUGACUCCAUACAUUUAGAAAGAUUUUUAAGUGUAAUGAAUCUAAUAUUAAAAGAUCGUCGUUAUCAAGGUGAACCAGAAAGUAAAAUUUUGCGAGCAUUUCAAGUUCUUGAUACACAAAAUAAUGGUUAUUUAACUGAAGAAGAAUUUCGAAAUUAUUUAUGUAAAGAAGGUGAACCAUUUAAUGAGGAAGAAUUUCAAGAUUUUAUGACAAUAGCUCUUGAUGAUGAAACAAAUCAUAAAUGUACUUAUAAAGAUUUUGUACAACAUCUUGUUGUCGAAGAUAACGAUUAA